CACACAUACAUACGUGCAUAUAAAGAAAUACAUAUAGAGAGAGACUCGCAUUGGCAUUGCAUCGAUAGAGGCAGCCGUAUAGGCCAGUAGUGAAGUUGAUCGGAGCAAUGGAGCUGUAUACGUCGGAUAGCUCGGACACCGAUUCGCGCGAGCAGAAGACCAUCGACUUUGGUCGCAUGAAUCUGGAUGUGGGCACACUGGAGGAUCACCUCAGCUCGCCCCACAAGGCGCUGCUGAAGACCAGCGGCGACAUCGAGACCAUGCUGCUCAAUCACAAUCGCCUGGUGGCGCUGCCGCGCGUGCUGCAGCAGUUCACCAAUCUCAAGAUACUCGAUCUGAGCUCAAAUGCGCUCACCCAGCUGCCGGAUGCCAUUUGCCAGCUGCCGCUGGUCACGCUGAUAGCCAAGAAUAAUCUGUUGACCAACUCGUCGCUGCCCAAAUCCCUGCUCACCAAGCAGAUGGGCAAUGUGCAUGGCGGCACCUCCACGCUGAAGGAGCUCAAUCUGAGCGGCAAUCAGCUGAUCCACUUUCCCGAACAGGUCACCGAGCUGCGCCAGCUCAAGUAUCUGUAUUUGGGCGGCAACAAGAUCUCGAGCAUAUCCAAGGAUAUCUGGAAGAUGCAAAGCCUUCAUGUGCUUUCGCUGGGCGGUAAUCUGGUCAACGAGGUGCCCGAGGCGGUUGGUUCCCUCAGCCAGCUGCAGGCGCUGGUGCUCUGCGACAAUCUCAUCGAGAAUCUGCCGAUGAGCAUUGCACGCUUGAAGAACCUGAAGUCGCUGCUGCUGCACAAGAAUAGACUGAAGCACUUGCCCAAGGACAUUGUCGCCCUGAAGAACCUGACCGAGCUGAGCUUGCGCGACAAUCCGCUGGUGGUGCGCUUUGUGCAGGACAUGGCACUGAAGCCGCCGACGCUGCUGGAGCUGGCCGGGCGCAUUGUGAAGGCCAGCGGGCAGCGUCCCGGGCCGGAGGAUGUGCCGCGCACCCUGGUCGACUAUCUGAACAGCGCCAAUUGCUGUGUGAACCCCAACUGCAAGGGCGUCUUCUUCGACAAUCGGGUGGAGCACAUCAAGUUCGUGGACUUCUGUGGCAAAUAUCGCGUCCCGCUGCUGCAGUACCUCUGCUCAUCGAAGUGCAUCGAGCCCGAGGAGCUGUCGCGCGCAUCCAGCAGCAAUGCGAGCAGCGCCAGCAGCGGCUUCAUGAUGCGCAAGGUGCUCCUGGGCUAGGCGCGCCCAG